AAGGGUGGGGUGAACGACUGAACGCCCUCAUUCGAGAGCCACGAGAGGUGAACAAAAUUAGCUCUCCUUCACAAACUGGUGAUAGCAGAAGAGAUUCAUGAAUCAUGAGUGAGGCAGUUGACAGUUUGACACAACUGAUGAAGGAGACAAAUAAGUUAUCAAGCCUGCCUUGUUUACCGCACUGGUUUGUGUAACGUGGUAUCAAGCCUGCGAGUUGUAACUUGCAACUCUUACCCAGUGCCGCUGACAGUGGUAAAUUGGUAAUAUCCACGUCGCCGCCAUGACUCUGUCGCCAGCCACCACUUCCCUCAGCCUAAACCCCUUAUCUGCCGUCCGCUUCCUCUCUCUCUGCCGCAGAACCACCAAAGCCGCCACCGUCCACAACACCCACCACUGUUUCUUUUCAAAGCCUCUCACUUAUCCCAUACCAUCACAGCUCUUCUGUCGCCGCCAGAGCUUCUGCUCCGUAGUUCGCUCAUCUUUUUCAUCAAGCGAAUCAAUCCAGAGGCCUUUCACUGUGAGUUUCGGGACUCAAGAAACUGAAAGAGGCAGCAAAAUCAGGGAAUUCCGGAAAAGAGUUAGAAUUGCGGAUAUCAAAGGAGGUCCUGAUGAGGGUUUGGACAGAUUGGGUGAGGCAUUGGUGAUUCGAGGUUGGGUACGGACUGUGAGAGUUCAGAGCAGCAUUACAUUUAUAGAGAUUAAUGACGGGUCUAGUCUUUCGAAUAUGCAAUGUGUAAUGAGCUCGGAUGCAGAGGGCUAUGAUCAGGUCGAGAAUGGCCUCAUCUUAACAGGAGCAUCAUUGUGGAUACAAGGCACCAUAGUACGCAGCCAAGGAUCAAAACAGAAAAUAGAGCUGCAAGUUGGGAAGCUUGUAAUGGUUGGUAAAAGCGAUCCUUCCUUCCCCAUUCAGAAGAAGCGAGCCAGUAAAGAAUUUUUGAGAACCAAGGCACAUCUUCGCCCUAGAACAAAUACUUUUGGUGCGGUUGCAAGGGUGAGGAAUGCCUUGGCAUAUGCAACACACAAGUUUUUCCAAGAAAAUGGUUUUGUUUGGGUCUCAAGUCCCAUUGUCACUGCCUCUGAUUGUGAAGGAGCUGGUGAACAGUUUUGUGUGACAACUUUGAUCCCAACCUCUAAAGAGCCUAAAGACUCUCCAGUGAAUGAUAUCCCUAAAACUGAAUCUGGUUCUGUUGACUGGUCUCAAGAUUUUUUUGGGAAACCAGCCUUUUUAACAGUUUCUGGACAACUCAAUGCUGAAACAUACGCAACUGCUCUUAGUGAUGUGUAUACAUUUGGUCCCACAUUCAGAGCAGAAAAUUCUAACACUUCCAGGCACCUGGCAGAAUUUUGGAUGAUUGAGCCCGAACUUGCAUUUGCUGACUUAGAUGAUGACAUGUCAUGUGCGACCGCAUAUCUCCAGUACGUAGUGCAAUAUAUUCUGGAGAAUUGCAAAGAAGACAUGGAAUUCUUCAAUACUUGGAUUGAGAAAGGAAUCAUCAAAAGAUUAAGUGAUGUUGCUGAGAAAAAUUUUGUGCAGUUGACUUAUACUGAUGCAAUUGAACUAUUGCUGAAAGCAAAAACAAAGUUUGACUUCCCAGUGAACUGGGGAUGUGAUUUGCAAAGUGAGCAUGAACGCUAUAUCACGGAGGAAGUGUUUGGUGGUUGCCCUGUUAUAAUAAGAGAUUAUCCAAAGGAUAUCAAGGCAUUUUACAUGCGCGAGAAUGAUGACGGAAAGACUGUUGCAGCUAUGGAUUUGUUGGUUCCUCGGGUGGGUGAGCUUAUGGGUGGAAGCCAGAGAGAGGAACGAAUUGAGUAUCUGGAAAAACGCUUAGACGACUUAAAUCUGAAUAAAGAAAGCUAUUGGUGGUAUCUUGAUCUACGCCGUUAUGGUUCAGUUCCUCAUGCUGGAUUUGGACUAGGCUUUGAGAGGCUUGUGCAAUUUGCAACCGGGUUAGAUAAUAUAAGGGAUGCUAUACCUUUUCCUAGAACACCUGGCAAUGCUGAGUUUUGAGCCAUCAUAUUGGGGAUUCAAACAGAAUCUCUGGUGUGGGGUUUGUAUUUCUGAUCCGUUUGCUUUUAGAAGAAGGAUGUUUUGCAAGAGGAGUAGACCAUGCAUCCUAGGAGUGCGGUGUUAAAAAUUCUAGGGAAAUUUUCUGAAAUCAAGUUGAUUUCCCUAAAUAAGAGUAGUAUGUACUUUCAUCUGGAAAUUAUACUGUCAUCUUGUGGCGUUAUCGGGCAUUAAUGUGGCAAUACUUUUGCCGUGAUAUGACAGUUUCAUUUCAAGGUGGGAGUACAUAUUCCUAUCUAGAAAAGAAACAUAGAAGUUAUUUCUAUGUAGUGUUUGGCAAUAUUUUUGUUACUUCAUUACACUACAUCUACUAAGAGAUGCAGUACGAGUGUACCCUUGAUAUAUAUUUUUUGUUGUUAAAGAAAAUUAAUUUUGUACGGGUAAUGUAAUAAGUUAUAAGUGCAAUAGAAUUAUUA